CAGGUUGCUGAGCUCAAAGCAAAAACAAAAUGGCGGACUGACAGAUGAAAACAUGGUUCGAAUUACAGAGGACUUAUUACGGAAGCGAGCAGAGCACAAUAAUUGUGAGAUCUUUACACUGGAAGAGAUCUCUCUCCACCAGUCUGAUAUUGAACGGAUUGAAUUGUUAGACAAAUUCUGCAGAGAUUUAAAGAUAAUCUAUUUACAGAGCAAUUUGAUACCCAAAAUAGAAAACGUUGCAAGACUGAAGAAACUAGAAUACCUUAACCUUGCUCUUAAUAAUGUGACAAGAAUAGAAAACCUAGAAGGAUGUGAAUCUUUGCAGAAGCUAGAUUUGACAAUCAAUUUUAUUGGUGAACUAACAAGCAUUCAGUCACUUAGAGGGAACUAUAACUUGAGAGAGCUAUAUCUUACUGGUAAUCCUUGUACAGACUAUAAAGGCUACAGAGAAUAUACUAUUGCUACACUACCUAAUUUGAAAACUCUUGAUGGGAAAGAAAUAGACAAGUCAGAACGUAUACUAGCACUACAGAAUUAUGAUAAUGUUGAGGCUAAAAUCCAAAAGCAGCAGAAUGAAUAUCUAUGUAAACAGGAGGAAAAGAGAAAGGAAUCUGAAAAAGAGAUGAAAGCCAAAGAAGAGAUUAAAAAACAAGAUGAGAAAUUGUUGGGAAUUAGAAAAGAAAAUUGGUACACAGAUAUUCCAGGGGAGAAAUUGGAAAAAUCAAAGGAUCUUAGAAGUGAGGAAGAGAAGUUAGAAGCAGAGAAAAGAUUUUGGGAAGAAAAGGUGGAAUACACACCAGAGUCAAGGUUAGAACUUCACAAACACAUUCAAGAAAAAAGAAAAGAGAAGGAGAAUACAAAUAAAAAAGGACCAGAAAGCACCCAGAUGGAAAGAGUAGUUCAUUAUUUUUCCGAUGAUGGACGACCACUAAAUAUGAACCAGGGAAAGUGGAAUUUUCACUUGGAGGAUGAUGAAGAUAACAAUGCAUUUGUGCUGGAUUUUUCUUGUUACAAGCAUCUUGAUAUAUCACUCAUGGAUGUUGAUGUUCAACCAAAAUAUGUCAGAAUCACAAUCAAAGGGAAGGUUUUUCAGCUUGUAUUGUCAGAAGAAGUAAACCCAGACUCCAGUACAGCCAAACGAUCUCAAACCACUGGCCAUCUUCUAAUAACUAUGCCAAAGAUGAAACAAGUUUUGAAACCUAUAAAGCCGAACAUGAGAAGUAAACCAGCCACAAACUAUAAGAAAAGUAAUGCAACAUCACAAGAACCAGAAAAAAGAAAACUUCUCGAGAAACUUGAGGUCAACCCUGAAGCCAGUAACAAUCUUGACUUUGGAAAUAUUGUAAAUUCAAACUUGAAAAGCAAGUCAAUGAGUCAGCAGAAGGAAGAAGUACAAGACACAACUAAUGAAGAAAAGCCAGAUAAAGACUUCAUUGAUGAUCCGGAUGUACCCCCUCUGAUAUAGAUCAUUAGUAACACUAUCUUCCAAAACCUAUUUUUUAAAUGGUUGUUGGAGCUAAGAGGGAUACAUGCCAGACUCUCUAGCCAUGGAGAUUUGGGGAGCCGAGGAGAUGCAGUAGGGAAACAGGAAGGCUCUACAUUCUCUUUUAGAGCUGGCAAUACAGGGUACAACACAUUCAAACCAACCAUUUAAACCUGGGUCUCAAACAAGGGGGUUUCUCACCCUGCACCUUCCUGCCCCUGAAGGAGAUUUUUGGAGCCACAUAUUUUAAGUGUGAACAUUUAUGAGAUGCUAAUUUUGUCCAGUAAUAUGCUAUGCAGCCUAGCAUCAAGUUGAGUACCUAAAGUACCUUUUUCGGUAUGCACAUCCAACUUGACAAAAGUCUUUACAGCAUUUUUUUUUUGCAUACAUAAAGAGAAAAUUAAUCAAUCUUGUAUAGAUAUAUUUCCAAAAAUCAUUUGCCCAUUGUUAUCUUAAAACUUGUGGCCUGGGAAGGUUUAUGGAUGUGAAUGAAUACACAGUGGCUUGCAAUUGUCACACUUUAAUACAAAAUUACACAGUUAUGUUGAGCAGUAAAUAGUAUAACUUUUAUGUGCAGUGUAGAUUGUCCAAAAAGUUCUGCUGUUUAAUCCAAAGACUCUCCCUCUUGAGCAAUUUUCUACGAUAAAAAAAAAAGGUGUAAAUCAUAAUAUUUCUGUAGUAAUGAAGAAAUAAAAAAACACACAGGGUCCCCUUUGAGGUACAAUGCACCAAUUUCCAACCCCUUUAUAAUCAUCCACAUAACAAUCAACAAUCAACACAUUAAGGAAUCAUUAAUAAAGUCCAGACACUGGUCACUGCCAGGGUUUCUCUUACGUCUUUCUAAUGCUAAGUGAACUAGUGUGGAAAGAUAGGACUAUCAUUUUAAAUGGUCAUCUGAGCAAUGUGAAGAUGUUAUUACAAAGGCAGCACCUUGUCCUUAGUUAUUUUAAGACCCUGAGUGUUGGUGUGGCUGGGACUCAAACCAUGACCUCUUGCACAAAAGGUUAUGCUCAACCAAUAAUCAUUGAUCCAACUAGGUGGCAAAACUCAUACCUGCUCUGUGACUAUUUUCAGCUGGUCUAAAUUAUCCAGUAACAUUUGGAAUACUGCUGGAGGCAAGGUAGACUUGAACAACUGGAGAAGUUGUUGAGGUUGGCCACACACUGCUAUAGCAUUGGUCAAGUGUUUGACAGUGUUGUCAUAAUCACCUGCAAACAAACAAUUGAAGGUCUCACUAAAUAUUACCAAAUAUUUUCAACAAAAAUACAUCAAUAUCCUGAAUAUCAACCCCAUUUUAUACGUGUCAGUCCCUUAAAAACAUUUGCUGAUAUUGUAAUGUUAUGACAAGUUCUGAAAAUGAAACGCUGUCAGUGAUCAUGUGCAUUGUAGUCAAUACCCUGACAGCUUUUGAAAAAACAAGCUCAGUUUGAGCAAACUCUAAGUGCUCUAAUGUAGAUAGGGGCUUGAAAAUGUAACAGUACUUUAUUAAUUAAAAUUAUUUGUACAUGUAUUAGAAACACAGCUAAACAGCAGCAAAAAAUCCAUGCAUAUAACUAUAUAUGCAAAUACAUCAACAUUUAAUGUGGUCCUACUUUUGUGUGUCAUGCUCAAAAAAAAAAAUUUUUUUUACAGUGCACUGACUUUGCACAUUUAUCAUCGUGAUAUAUGUGGGCCACAAGUUUAUUAGCCCUGGGCUAUUAAGUGCUACACUAAUAAAGUCAUCAUCAUCAUCAGGCCUUAAAAUAGCAGCCAAUCGCCGGUCAUGAUCACAGGCCAAAUUAGUUUUAGCUCAGUUAUACCUCAUUUCUAGUUAAGUGUUCGCCUGUCACUAAAUGACCGGAAGGCAUAGAUUUGGCCAGACAAGUCCCAGUUCUGGCCAGACAUUGUCCGACCGUUAUUUCAAGCCCUAAUCAUCAUUAUUAUUAUAACAUUAAGCCAAUUAACCAGAUAAAAUAAAGAACAUGUAGGUUACCUUGUGUUAAAUAGGUCUCUCCAAGUUGUACUUCCUCAAGGAAAAACUUUUGUACUGCUGCAGCAUCUGACAAGUCAGGUACUCUAGACUAUAAUAUGAAAACAUUUAUGCAUCACUGUUUAACAUGGAAAGAUAAACUACUUUUAGGACCUAAA